AUGACCAUCUGGGUGGGGCUAGCUGUUGGAGGGUCCAUUUUGGUGUCUUUCAACUGGUGGGAAAACUACUUUCAAAUAAUCUCAGACAAGAGCAGCCCCACCUUCCUCGGGAACCUUUGCAAUGACAUAAAAGAGUGCCAGAACAUACUGCACAUCCUCUCCAGCCUCCUCAGGAUCGUUGUGACUGCCUGUGUAAUUGGGGCCUAUGUCCCUCUAGCCAAAAUGGACUGGAGCAUUCUGACCUCCAUCCCAAGCCGCGAGACAAAGAUUAUAGCCAUCAUCAUUGGGGUCCAGCUGAUCUCCUCAGCACUCUGCCACUGGUUUGCCUUGGCAGCCUGCAAGAUGCAUGCUUUGCGGCGAUGCUUCAUCCUUCCUCUAUACCUGGCUUCUCUGGCUGUUUUGGCUCUGCUGGUCAUUCCAGUUAUUGUUUACUAUCAGGACUACAGAACAAGCCUGAAUGGAACAGCAAACAUCAACUUCACAGACUACUGUAAGGUGGCUGUUGAUGGAAGGAAUCAAAGCCUGAAUGACAGUGUAUUUCUACAUCUGGUGCUGGAUGUUACACACACUCUGUGCUUCCUUGACAUGUCCAAGAUAGCUGACAUUGGCAUACUCACAGGUUCAGCAGUGUCCUGGUGGAUUGGCUUUGUGUUGGUAACCCUACAUCUCUGGAAGCUCAAUGUGCACCGAAUACAGAGGACUCAAGACCUGUUCAUCAGGAGGUUGUAUGAGGGAGCCUUUAUCGAGCAGUCCCUCCUCCUCAACACACGAUUUGACAUCCAGACCAAAGAAAGGACAAAAAAGUAUUCUGAACCAGUGAUGGUGUAUCUGUGUGCGACCAUGUGGCACGAGACCUACGAGGAGAUGAGGAACAUUAUAAUAUCAAUAUUCAGACUGGACAAGUACAGACCAAAGGAGGACCUAAAGUUCAAUGAUUUCACCUUUGAAGCUCAUAUCUACUUUGAUGAUGCAUUUGAACAUGUUGAGGGGAGUCGCCAUCUGAAUGAAUAUGCCAAGAACCUUGUAGAAGUUAUUAAAGAGGUUUAUGGCAUCUUCAAGAACAUUGAGCAAAAGUUCUUCAGAAAGCAGCAACGAGACCCUGAUCAGAAAAUCAUACAGACGCCAUAUGGAGGUCGUCUUUUUAUCAACAUGCCUCAAGGGAACAACAUUGUGGUUCACUUCAAGGAUAAAGAACACAUUCGUCACAAAAAGAGAUGGUCUCAGAUCAUGUAUCUUUACUAUCUCCUGGGCUGGAAACUCAUGACCAAAUAUUACACUCAGAAGCAUGACACCUACAUCCUGGCUUUGGAUGGGGACACUGACUUCCAGCCUGCUUCUGUGGUGUUGCUCAUCGACCGUCUCAGAAUGUACCCUCGCGUUGGGGCAGCAUGUGGCAGGAUUCACCCCACUGGAUCAGGUCCUGUUGUUUGGUUCCAAAAGUUUGAGUAUGCUGUUAGUCACUGGCUGCAGAAGACAGCGGAGCACGUGAUUGGCUGCGUGCUGUGCAGCCCCGGCUGCUUCAGUCUAUUCAGAGCAGAGGCCCUAAUGGAUGACAAUGUGAUGAAGACAUAUUCUACCAGGUCCACAGAGGCCAGUCACUACAUCCAGUAUGACCAAGGUGAAGACCGCUGGUUAUGUACUCUGCUACUAAAGCAGGGAUGGAGAGUGGAGUACAAUGCAGCGUCUGAUGCCUACACCAAUGCACCGAUGGACUUCAAGGAACUCUACAACCAGCGCCGGCGAUGGGGGCCUUCAACAAUGGCCAAUGUGGUGGAUCUGCUGGGUUCCACCAAAAUUAUUACCAAGAGGAAUAAAUCCAUUUCCAAACCAUUCAUGUUUUACCAGCUGUUUGGUAUGAUUUCAUCCAUUCUGGGACCUGCCACCAUCUGUCUUUUGGUUGCAGGUAGUUUAACCUUCGUUUUGAACAUCAAUUCUGCUGCUGCUCUUGUCAUAUCUGUGAUACCUCCAGCCAUCUACCUGGGUCUUUGUUUCAAGCUCAAGUCAGACACUCAAAUUACCAUUGCAGCAAUCUUGAGUCUCUGUUAUGCAUUCCUUAUGUUGACAGUGACAAUAUCUAUUAUUGGAUCAAUGUUGAAAGAGAAAACCAUCCUGACACCCAGCAGCAUUUUCAUCAUCUUCAUGGCCAUCAUUUACCUAAUCACUGCAGCAAUGCAUCCUCAGGAAUUUAAUCUGGUGUUCUAUGGCUUUCUCUACAUCAUCUGCAUCCCCAGCGCCUACCUUCUGCUCACCAUCUACUCCAUGGUUAACAUGAACAAUGUGUCUUGGGGCACCAGGGAGACAAAACCUGCUGCUGGUGAAGCCCCACCUCCAGCUCUCAUGCCACAAACGAGAGCACAGAAAGCCAAAAGUAUCUGCCAAUGGCUUAUCUCAUGGGUCAAAUGCUGCAAAAAAUCCAGCCAGAGAUUUCAAGGUGAACAGCUCAGUAGGAGUCAGGACAACACAGCCCAAGAGCCUGAGCAGCUUGAACCUGAACCCCAAAAUACUAUUGUGGAGGAUAUAACCAUUACAGAAGAAGAACAGGGGCAAUUAGACAGCAACAUUCAAAGCUGGAUUGAGAUGCUACAGAGUUUGUCCAGUGACAUGAAAUUGCAAGAGGACUCACUGGACCAGGAGGAAAAGGAAUUCUGGGAAGAGCUUCAAAAGGAGUAUCUUAAACCUCUACCUGAUGACAAAGAAAAACAGAAAAAGAUGGCCAAUGAGCUGCGAGAGCUGAGAAAUAAAAUCAACUUUUCCUUCUUCAUCUUGAAUGCCUUCUGGCUGGUAGCAACCUUCAUCCUCCAGAUCUUCAAUAGCACCUUUGCCAUCUGCAUCCCAAAAAUCCACACCCUCAUCCAUUAUGUAGCUUUUGUGGACACGGAACCCAAAGAGAGGAAGAAAAUUGGAAGCCAGAAGUCAUACCUGCAAGGGAAAAGGGAGUCCAAUUCUUAUGCAGACUCAAGCUACAGCUCCAUGGAGGACCUUGAGACUGAGGACAAUGAUAUUGAGUCAGAGGUCACCAGAGGACCUCAUGAAGAGGAUUUGGUAUAA